ACCUCAUAACCAGUAGACCAUGUUAUAAAGAGGCCACCCAGCAGUAGCACGGUUUAUAUUAACCAAUGACUAGACAAGAUCGACAUUCACUGAUACAACGUCGUUCACACCUGUCAGAAUGGUUCAAGUAGCUGUGGUAACAGGAAGUAACAAAGGGAUUGGCUAUGCCAUUGUUAGAGCUCUGUGUAAAAAGUUCAAAGGAGAUGUGAUAGCUACAGCUCGUGAUGCUGGACGUGGGGAAACAGCUAUUGCAGAACUCAGCAAGGAAGGAUGUCAGGCCAAAUUCCAUCAACUUGACAUCACAGACACUAAAAGUAUUUCUGCUUUUGCAAACUAUUUGAAAGAAACCUAUGGAGGCCUUGAUAUCCUUGUCAACAAUGCUGGUAUAGCUUACAAGCAAGCAUCAACAGCUCCUUUCACUGAACAAACAGAAGUGACAGUGAGAUGUAACUUCACUGGAACUUUGAAUGUUUGUCAACAAAUCUUUCCGCUGUUGCGUCCUCAUGCUAGAGUGGUUAAUGUUUCCAGUAUGGUUUCCACAAUGUCACUUGAGAAAUGCUCAAAAGAACUGAGAGAGAAAUUUACUGCUGCAGACUUGACUGUUCCUCAACUAGAAAAUUUGAUGGCUCAGUUUGUCACUGAUGUGAAAAAUGGUGAUCAUGCUGCAAAAGGUUGGCCUUCAUCAGCAUAUGGUGUUUCCAAGAUGGGAGUAACUGCUAUGUCUAUAAUCCAACAGAAAGAUAUUGACAGCGAAGGAAAGGAAGAUAUUGUUGUUAAUGCGUGUUGUCCUGGCUAUGUUGACACUGAUAUGACAAGCCACAAAGGCCAUAAAACUAUAGAUGAAGGUGCUGAUACUCCAGUGUAUCUUGCCUUACUGCCGCCGAAUGUUAAAGAACCACGUGGUAAUUAUGUAUCAGAACGUCAAAUUCAUGAAUGGAAAUAAACAGAAGAUAAAUGUUUUCCUUCUGGACCUACAGAAAAAUAAUCAUACCUGUAUGAAAAAAGAAAUUUAAUCAUUUAUAUUUACAAAAUAAACAAUUAAAUUGUAA